AUGCGGGCAGCAGCGGCGUCCCUACGACUACUACCCCACCUCCUCCUCCUCCUCGUCCUGCUGCUGUCCGCCGUGCCCAAUGCCUUGUCCAAGUCGACGCUCGAGUCCUGCGCCUCCUCCACCGCCUGCCCGGCGCUGCUCUCCUACACGCUCUACGCGGACCUGAAGCUGGCCGAGCUCGCCGCGCUGUUCGCCGCCGACCCGCUGGCCAUCCUGGCUGCCAACGCCAUCGACUUCGCGGUCCCGGACCCAGCGGACCGCAUCCUCCCGGCGGGUCUCCCGCUGCGCGUGCCGGUGCCGUGCGCCUGCUCCGACGGCAUCCGCAAGGCCACCUCCGUCCGGUACGUGGCCCGGGCCGGGGACACGCUGGCGUCCGUCGCCGGCACCGUCUACGGCGGGCUCACCACGCCCGACUGGAUCCGCGACUCCAACGGCAUGCUCGAGGACGCCGCCCUCGACGCCGGAACCACGCUGUUCGUGCCGCUGCACUGCGCCUGCUUCGGCGGCGUCGACAGCGGCGCCCCCGCGGUGUACCUGACGUACGUGGUGGCGGAGGGCGACACCGUGCCGGCCAUCGCGCGGAGGUUCCGCGCCACGGGCAACGACCUCAUGAGCGUCAACGACAUGGCCACCGCCGACGUCGCCGCCGGGGACAUCAUCGUCGUGCCGCUGCCAGCAUGCGCCUCGUCGUUCCCCGCGUUCACGUCGGACGCCGGCCUGGCCGUGACCAACGGGACAUACGCGAUCACCGCCAACCGCUGCGUCCAGUGCAGCUGCGGCCCUGGCGACCUGGACUUGUUCUGCGUGCCGGCGCCGCUGGCGGACUCGACGUGCUCCAGCAUGCAGUGCAGCAACAGCAGCAUGAUGCUCGGCAACUUCACACUACAGAUGACCAGCGCCGGCUGCAGCGUCACCUCCUGCACCUACGGCGGAUACGUCAACGGGACCAUCCUCGCCACGUUAAUCACGUCACUGAAACCCCAGUGCCCAGGCCCGCACCAGUUCCCUCCGCUGAUGCCGCCGCCGACGUCGUCGUUCUUCGAGACGUACCUCGGCCCGUCACCGACGCCGAUGGCAUCUGAAGGCGGCAUUGGCCCGCAGGUGGCUGGCAUGGCGCCGACAAGCAGCCCGCCGGUGAGUUCAGGCAGUCCUCCGAUGGCAGGUUCACACGGCAGUGACCGUCUUGCACUGGUCGCUCUUUGCCUCGUCGCCAGUCUGCUGUGGUAA